GCGCAUGACGUACUGGAGAGGUAGCUGUGGCUACUGCUGAUGGGGCCGGGUGGGGGCUUUUCAAUGAUAAAAGUUCUGUGCCGAGCGUGGCGGGGGAGUGCGCGCGCUUCAUCGACAGCAGGCUACAAGGAACAGCCUGAUAGAGGCCCAUUUCCAGACAGACGUGGAUGAUGCCAGAGCUAUGACAGGGGCUGCAGUCUUGGCACUGAAGGGUGGUGAUCAGUUAUGGAACAGCCAAAGGAGGAAAUACCUGAGGUCAGGGAAGAGGAGGAGGAAGAGGAAGAGGUACUGACAGCAGUAAGUGGAGCCACAGACGCAACUGGUGGACCAGAUAAUUCAGCACCUUCUAUCAGCUAUACAGAUCUUUCUCAGAGUUCUUCUCCUUCUCUGUCAGACCAACUCCAGAUGGGCUGUGAUGAGGCAACAUCAGGAAGUCUAAAUGUGGAGUGCAGGGUCUGUGGUGACAAAGCAUCAGGGUUUCACUAUGGAGUGCAUGCAUGUGAAGGUUGUAAGGGCUUCUUUCGUCGCACAAUUCGUAUGAAGCUGGAGUACGAGAAAUGUGAACGGAGCUGCAAGAUUCAAAAGAAGAACCGGAACAAGUGCCAGUAUUGCCGCUUUCAGAAAUGCCUGUCGCUGGGCAUGUCACAUAAUGCCAUUCGUUUUGGCCGCAUGCCAGAAGCUGAGAAAAGGAAGCUGGUAGCAGGACUGACAGCAAGUGAAAUCAGUUGCCAGAACCAGCAAGUGGCUGACCUGAAACUCUUUUCCAAGCACAUCUACAAUGCCUACCUGAAAAACUUCAACAUGACCAAAAAGAAAGCACGAGGCAUCCUGACUGGGAAAGCCAGCAGCACACCACCAUUUGUGAUUCAUGAUAUGGAUACCCUGUGGCAAGCAGAAAAGGGCCUGGUAUGGAAGCAGCUGGUAAAUGGGAUACCCCCAUACAAGGAGAUUGGUGUCCAUGUCUUCUACCGCUGCCAGUGUACAACAGUGGAAACUGUGCGAGAGCUUACAGAAUUUGCCAAGAGCAUUCCUAGCUUCAUCAGCCUUUAUCUUAAUGACCAAGUGACUCUGCUGAAAUAUGGAGUGCAUGAGGCCAUUUUUGCCAUGCUUGCCUCCAUCAUGAACAAGGAUGGACUCCUGGUAGCCAAUGGGAAUGGCUUUGUGACACGCGAAUUCCUUCGCAGCUUGCGCAAACCCUUCAAUGAAAUAAUGGAACCCAAAUUUGAGUUUGCUGUGAAGUUCAAUGCCUUGGAGCUAGAUGACAGUGACCUGUCUCUAUUUGUAGCAGCCAUCAUCCUGUGUGGAGACCGUCCUGGCUUGAUGAACGUUAAACAGGUAGAGGAGAUUCAAGACAAUAUCCUCCAGGCUCUUGAGUUCCACCUGCAAGCCAAUCACCCAGACACUCAAUAUCUCUUCCCUAAGCUGCUGCAGAAGAUGGCUGACUUGCGGCAGCUAGUGACUGAACAUGCACAGCUUGUGCAGAAGAUCAAAAAGACAGAAACAGAGACUUCCCUGCAUCCACUCUUGCAGGAAAUCUACAAAGACAUGUACUGAGGAGCCUAUAUUUAUGAAAUAGGUUAAAGCCAUGAAGUCCAGCAAAAUGCUUUGUAACAUUGGCCAACAAAUCCCCUGUGUCUUCCAUUUCUUCUACUGAAAAUGCUUUUCCUAUAUGAUGGCUGUAUAUACUGUAUAUAGGGGUGUACAGCAUCAGAUCUGGUAUCACCACAUAGUGGUAGGUUAGGGCUUCCGUUAACAUACAUACACUAAGUGAAACUUAAAAGGCACAUCAUAAGCUAAAUAUAUAUUUCAACAGUUUGACUAAUACACUGUCUCUAGGCAGCUGUUGUGUUUACACAUACCUUGCAGAUGUGGUUGAACUGUGGGUUGCAUAGUUCUCAUGGACAACAUGGGUCAUGUCCAGGCAAUUGUCUGACAGGUACAGGAACAGCGCUUGUAUUAUAUAUCCUCUGUAUAUUAUUUUUGUAUUGCACUCUGAACUCUAGCUUGGCUGUAAGUGACAAAUUCUAAGGUGUGCAAAGAACAGGUGUGCGUCUGCUUGUAUAUGUACAAAUUUCUCAAAGAAAUUUCCAAGUGUUUAAGGGUACGAACACUCCUUAUGGGGACAGCUUUGAGGGGGGAGGCCUUUUCUCAUCUCCCUCAGUGCACAAAACCAGAUAUGCUUUCUUCAGGAAAGGCCACACCUCCUGUCUUCAGCAUUGGGAACACUCUCUCUUCCUAUGGGUUGUUUUACAACAACAUUUUGUUGAAGCUAAUCAUGAGCAUCUAUGAUGCUUGGUCUAUUUAAAUUUAGUAAAAAGAGGAGGCUCCCCCCCCCCCCCCCCCCCCCGUUCCUUGUUUACCAGAUAAUGGAACUUGGCUUGAAACAAAAUGAGGAUGAAGAUCUUGCUCUUGGAUGGUCGCUGACAAAAUUCCAUUUGCUUCCUUCAUCUGAGCAAAACUAGAUGUAAUACUCCCUGCAGUCUGGUAAUGCAAAGCCUUGAAAGCACUUGAGUCUCUACUCCCCCUCAGCAGGGAAUACAAUGCUGAUUCUGCUUCUAAGAGGGCAGCACAAAGGCUGCUCUUAAGUCAAAGUGACUGAAGGAUAUUGGAGAAGACAGUGGUGUGUUUUUCUGUUUUGAUAUCCCUUUGUAAUACUUCCCAUUUUGUUCCUGAAAGAUCUGAAGAAUAAUUAUUGAUAUGUGAAUUGCAACUGUGCCUUUCCCAUGAACUUGUACUGCAUCAUGUACUGGCUUUAUCCAUUCUUCAUCUCCAGUGCUGGCAAGAACCAUUGCAUAAGCAAAUAGCAUUUCAAUAUUGCCCACUCAGCAUUUCCUCUCAAAAUUGCCAUGACCUUCAUUUUUAUAUUUCUCAAAGGCCUACAGAAAAUUAUAGUAUAAUUUUAACCCCUCAUAUUUCUGGAUUGAUCCUACUUCAGUCUUUUAACUCUGUUACCUUUUGCCAUUGUUAAGACUUAAGCUCCAAAAGAAUUUAUUUACCAUUAAUAUAUAAAGAGCUACUUUUGCUGGAA